AUGGCCACAGUGAAGGAGACCGGUAUCAAGUUUAUUGAGACCCCAGUCAAAAUAAGGGAUCGCCGCGACCUGACACCACCGCCUCAGCACAGCUCGAAAAAGGGAAUUUCGAUCAUUCAAUACGAAGCAGCUCUGGAAUUCAUUAUCGGCCCCAGCCCGACUCACGCCCUCGUCCUGUCAUCAGCAGAAGCUUCCGCCAAUCCUUUCUUCCAUAGCGGAUGCAUCUACGUUCCCUCGCGCAACGAGUUAUGGGCUACUUCCGCACCACUCGCGGCGUCCGACCCCACGCGACCGCCCACGAUCCUCAUGUCCAAGGUCAUUGUGACACACAAUUCCGCCAAUGACACCCUCACUGCUGAGUGGGCGAAGUUACGCCCGCCGCCAGCGAUGCCGAUGCCCGCGAGCGGGUGCAUUGUCGGUGACGACAGGAUGAUCUGGUGCUCGCAGGGCACCAUGGAUCCCGAGACGGGCAGCGUCCUGUUCAUGCCUGCCGGCAGACCGCCCCAGGUUGUGGCGUCAACAUACUACGGGCGGGACUUCAACUCGCCGCACAGCACCGCAGUCUCAUCCCGCGACGAGGGCAUCUGGUUCACGGACCCGUGCUGUGGGCAUGAGCAGGACUUCCGGAGCCCGCCGCAGCUUCCGCCGCAGAUCUAUCGAUGUGACGCCAAGACGGGCGAGGUUAGGGCCAUGGCAGAUGGGUUCGUUCGUCCCACAGGAAUCGCGAUUGAUGAUGACUCUUCGACGCUAUAUGUUGCGGAUUCUGGAGGUGUCCGAAUCGAUGGCAGUCUCGACUUGAAUCAACCACGGAGUAUAUACGCCUUUGACAUGGUGAAGCGGGGUGAAGCCGUCUUUCUCGCUAAUAGGCGGACGUUCGCCCUCGCUCGAAGAGGUGCUCCUAUGCACCUUAUGUGUGAGAACGGCAACGUAUGGGCUGCUUGUGGCGAUGGGGUUGAGAUUUGGAACAGCGGUGGUUCAUUGCUUGGUGUGAUUCAGGUGCCGGGCGGUGUUGUGAGCUUCUGUCGUGGGCCUAAAUACAGUCUCUACCUCUGCGCAGGACAGAGGCUAUGGAAACUUCAGCUUUCAGACAGACAAAGGAAUCAUUCCGUAGCCGGCAGCCCGGAACUACUAUGA